AUGGCCGUAAAGGACCUCUUGGCUGAAUCCAAUUCGAAGCAAAGGACGUAAGAAACUUUAAUCUCUAUUAUCUACUACAAUUAAGCUCUAGUGAAUUGGCCUUAGCAGCCGUUCAGACUGUAGAGAGAGAGACUUGAAAUUUCGCACUGAGGCCGAAUUCCACAUUAAGCUUUUGUCGUACGACCAGACACCGGUGAAGGCAUUGGAACGGCGGUUUGUGGUGGCGACGGAUCUGGUCACGACCAUGUCUAUGAUGGUGGUUGGCCGUCGAAUGGUUAUUGAAACCUUCCGUCAGGCAGAGGACGACGGCGUUCUGGCCGAGUAUACCCGCGGCCAGGGUAUGGUGCUGAGUGACGCGUUACUUAAGCAUAGUGUGGCUGUACUUUUGCACGUAGUCACUCAUGAACUGGGCCACGCGUUUCACGGUGUCAUACUCAAGAGCGGUUGGCAACACGUAAAGUUGAAACUAAGCUAA